CCCCACUUGCUCGAGAGACGCCGGCAAGAAAGAUGCUCUCAGCCGGAAGGGCUCCAGUAUAAGUCGCAGCCUUUUGUUAAAUAUAAAAACAAAAUCGUGAACUCCGGACGGACGGCGCCAACACCCCUGAACCGAAGUUGGGAAAGUGGAGCCAGGCGCUGAGUGAGUUGGAGGCAUCACAAUAAAGAUGGCGAUGUUAAAAACCUUUCCAAGCGGCACAAUAUUAACCCUCAGCAUCCUACUUUAUUCAGACAUUCUUAAGGCUGCUUCACUGGUACCGAACAGAUAUGAUCCGAGCACUCUGACAGAAAGAAUGUACAACUAUCCUAACCCGGAUAUGAUUAAAGCCCUAGAGUUUAUUGAGAAUUUAAGACAAAACAGUGAAGACACGUCCCUCCCAGACUAUGACGAGCGAGGUAUUUUGCGUCCCGUUCAAGAAGCCCUCCUGAGAAAGUUUGAGGAAGAUAAUGAAGAGAAUGAGCAGUCAGACACCAACAGGGAAUCUAUGGACGGGGGCAGGGCUGAUUGGGCUAAGCUUUUGCUGAAGACACUGAUGCAGACAGAGAGUAACCCCGACGCUAAUGACAACGCCUACAGCCCACUGCCGCAGGAGACUGAUGGGAACCUGCAGGAUUAUGAUGGACUCCUGCUUGAAAGCGGCCGGAGGCAAGACCUGCCAAGGAAGUACCGCGUUGCUUUGCCAGGGGACAGCUACAGAAUCAAUCCCUACAAACGCACCAAUGAGAUUAUAGAGGAAGAGUAUACUCCUCAAAGCCUUGCCACGCUGGAGUCUGCUUUCCGUGAGCUCGGGAGACACACCGAGCCGUCCAGGCAACAGGAGAGGCUGCAGGAAGAGCACUUCGGGAGAGACGAGGAAGAUGAUACCUCCCGGGACAGUGAGUUUGCCUAUGAGGACGUGGCGGAGGGAGAAGACUCGGUGGAAAUGAAGAACCGGCAUCAACAUAAAGAGGUGCAGUUUGAAGAUGAGGAAACCGAGCUGGACAGAGACUCGGAGCGGGCGGGAAUCAACGCGAGGAACCCUUUGGAUGAGCCGGAUUCCCAGGAACGGGGAAGAAUGGAGAAAGACAAGGCGGCGGACCUGAUGCUGCAGUAUUACAAGCGGCUGCAAGACCGAAUGGACGAGGAGCAGGCGAGAAGGGAGCUGGGGCCAGACAGGAACGGGGAGGCGCCGAGCAGGCAGCUCAGAGGCUCCCAGGGGGACUUGGAGCCGCGGCUCAUGGACCAGCUGGUGGACCUGUCCAACAGGCUCCAAAUCGCGCCGGAUGAGCUGCUGCAGAUAGUGCAGGGCGCGGACAGAAGGAAGCAAGCGGGGCCAGGGAGCUCGGACUGGGAAGAGCAGAGGCUGCGAGAGAGUGUCACCAGGGAGCAGGGCGCCGCGGGCACCAGCCUGGACUCUCUCAGUCCGGAAGACAUCCUGAACAUCCUGGGGCUGGAUGAUGGACACUUGCUCCAGCAGCCGGCAAGGAACCGCCCGCCCCCACCCCCGCCCGGAGCCGCCGCCGCCGCCGUCUCCCCCUUUGAAAGGUUUCCGGCGUUGGGCUCCAGCGAGGGCACGGGCCGUGGUGGGGAGCAACUGGCCAGGUACCUGCAGAGGCUGCUGGCGGCCGGCUCAGCCCCCGUGGGCGGACGGCGCCCGGAGGCAGGCGGCGGCGGCUCCCGGGAACCGCUCAGCGACCUCCUGCACGGCGUCAGCCCGAGGAAAGCGGCGGAAAUGUUGGCGCUCAUCAGUCAGCUCCCCGGGCUUACAGGCGGCGAUGACCGCGCCCCUCGAACCCAGCAGGAUGGCGAAGAUUCCUCGCUAAUGAUCCACAAACUGGCGGAAUUGUUAAACCGGCAGAAGGAUAACCGAGACGGCUCUGUGAAGGAAUUAAACAGAGGAAUGCUCGCCCUUCCUGAUUAAACAGUGUUACUGAAGAGUAAAGGUUUAUUUGUGUCUGUGAGCAAGUGGAACUUGCUCUGAUUGACAUUCCUACUUAGCUAAGGUGUCUCUAGUUAAGAUUGAUGGACAAUGACGAUUAAUAAAACCUCUUUAUUUGUGUGAAGUAAGUCGUUGCAAUGAGUCGUUUCACCAUUAUUUCAGCAGUGAAAAUAUUUACUUUUUCAUCUUGAAGCUGUUUCAAACCUUGAAGUGUGCAAGCAUCCCUUUGGUUCGAACAUUUGCCCAUUCUUAGCUGUUGGUAGAAACGCGUCCUUGGUUGAUUUAUAUUUAAAAAAUACAUUUUUUUUUCUUAACUGACCCAAAGGAGAUGGUUAUUGUCUUGCGGUUCCUUGUGAAAA